UGUGCUUGGGCAGCAUACGUUGUAUUAUUGCUCAACAGUUUUGCAUGCUCAUACUUGAAUAGUGGUGGAAAAGAAGAAAUUUUUCAGACGUCAAUAUCCGCAGGUCAUACCGGAAACGACAUCUGUAACUCUCGAGAGAAUCGACUGCCUCGCAUUCGUGUUUAUUCGCCAUGUUGUUGUCACAUGGAUUGCCAGAGGGCUGUAAUGGCUGCUCUUGACCCGAAUGAAACGAAACAGUUUUAGAGCCGUGUUCGAGAGAACGUGGACCAAAAUCUGCCAAAUGGUUAUGACCACGGACUUACCCUGCACUGGAAACAUGGAUCAAAACCAAACGAAAACUGAUGCGCCCUUUUUGGGAAACAAGUUGGCGGCCGGUCCUGCCAGCUCACGAGCGGAACGCCAGUUUACCCGCGUUUUGCGAUCGAAAUCUUCGACGGCUGUGAAAAAUAGCAACAGUAGUAGUGAUACACAGAAAGAACAGCCUCAACCCAGCACUGAUGUGCCCUUAAAUAAGCCUCCAGAGCCAGAAAUGGCUUGUGACGGCAGCAACCAUAAAACGGACGCUUUUGGUCAAGUAACUCAGUUACGUCAGCUUUUGUUACUUCAUUUGGAGCUUAUUCAACAGCAACAAGAAGAAUUGCAGAGGAAGGAUCGAGAGAUUAAUCAACUAAAAUUGGAUAAGGAACAGCUGGAGUCUCGCAUGCAUCGGUUGGAGAGAAGAAUGGCAGUUAAGAAAAGGAGAGAUGUCAAUGAAGGUUAUGAGGAAGCUCUGGAAGAAAAGGAUGUGAAGCAAGUGACUCCUAAAUGCCGUCGUUUGUCAGUAGAACAAAUGAUGCGAGCCAAACGGGUCCCAGCCACUGCACCUGUGACCAUGACUUCUCAUAUGUGCGAAGACCUUAGCUAUGACACACACAUAAGAACAGAAAAACUUUACCUGCAUGGUUACUCAGCGGAUCUUCCAUACAAAGCUAUUGAGAGUUCAGCCUCUGAUAGAAUUCAAAACCAUGUACAAGUUCCUACCUGGCAAAUAAAUGAAAUUGCAGCAGUCAGAACAGGGAAUUCAAAAUCAGUAAAAUCAGCAGGAUCUUCAUCAUCAGCAGAGAACAAUGAGAGUACUGACGAUGAUGUAUUUACAAAAAGGCAUAUGAAACAUGAACUUGAGGAGAGGAGAAGGAAAAGAUGGGAUAUUCAACACAUGCGUGCAAUGCAAGCACAUCAAAAUCUUGAAAAGAAAAAUAGAGAUCGAGAAGAAGCUCGACUGAAAGGGAAAAGAUCUGGAUGUAAAGAUGAGGACUGCAAAAAUAUUGAAUCGUUCCUUCCACCUGCUGAAGAUGUGAUGGCAGUUGAAGUUUCUGACACAGUUCCCGUAGUAGCCUUUGGGUUUCCUGUUCCCUUAUUUCAAGAAAGGGAAUUUGAGAUCCCAUGGUUUAGUCUUGAUAAGAGAGAACUCCUCGAAAGGAAAGGCAAAGUUAGACCUGGGAGAAGUAGAGGGAAACCUCGUGGCAGACGAAAGGGAUAUUAGGUGUUAGAGAUAAUAUUAAACGUGAUGGUGGAAUCCAGGCUUAACAAUUCGUGCAGAAAUGGUUUUACUUUUGUUUUCCAGUUUUGCUGGAGAUAAUCUGCUACUCACAAAGAACAAGCACAGAAAUUGUAGUAGUAUUUUAAUUUUUAUAAACGGAUUUAUGCCAACAGUCUCAAAGGAUCUGUGACAUUGAAUCUAAAUACUGUUUACUUGGGAAAUGUUCAGGUUGAAGUUAAAGCAUAUCAGUAGGUAGGUUAAUCUGCUUACGAUGGUGAAAAAUCCCAAGCUAUUACAAGAUACUUUGCCAGUUUUUUGUUUAAUUGGACCUAUUGCAGGUAUUCUUGCAAAAUAACUUUGUUCUCACAGCUUCUUCAUCUAACAUUAAUUUUUGUAAGUUAAGUUUGUGUUGUAGCAAAACAAAUACUUUGGAUUGUCUCUUGAACCCUGAAAAACUCCUGGCAUUCUACAGAAUCAUUAUUUCUUAAAAUAUUUGUUUGGUUUAAAAUGGGUUGAAAUAAACAGCUAGGAAAACAGGAAAGAUAUUGUACAGGCUGAAACGGAGUGAAGUCUAUUUUGUCCAGUUUUCACAACUUUCAAACAGCAUAGGUAGUACAUGUAGAAGUGUACUUAAGGUGAAAUUUAAAAUAUUUCAUUGUUUAAAGCAUCUGAUUUGAUUAAAGAAAUAAAGUAAAAUGGAAAACA